AUGAAUUUCAUUUUAUCGGAAAUGACCUUCGGAAUAUUGCUCUCCCUCAAUUCUAUUGUAAGCUUGACCUUAAACUGUUUUUUGGUCCUUUUCAUAUGUGUCAUCGAUAAGAGAAUGUUAAGGAAACCGAUAAACAUCUAUAUACUUUCCAUAUCAAUAUCCGAUCUGCUUCUAUCCGGAGUAGUUACUCCCUUGUUCGCCUUAACUUCUUUGUUAAGACCCACGCCAUUCCCAUCAUCAGUUAAUUUGUUCAUUGGGAACUUAAAAUCAUGUAGAAUCGUCAUUCUCAACUUUGUUCUCGCGGAAAUAGCGUGCAUCAAUAGCAUAUAUACUAUGGUCGCCCUAGCAGCUGAAAGGCACAGAGCACUCGUAAAUCCUUUUAAAAGGGCCCCAUUUUCCAUAAGGCAUUCCAUUUUGACAGUGUUCACUAUAUGGUCAACUUCUAUCAUAUACGGAAUUUCAAUAACCACGUUUUUAUUUCAACGGUUUUAUCAACCUUCGGUCUCACAGUAUCUUGAUAAAACAGUGGUGCCCUAUCAUUACAACAGUUCAUUCAUAUCUUUCGAGGAUGCCUUUAUAAUCCCUCACAAAAUUACAAGUUACAAUCAAUUUCCGCAAUCUUACCAUGAAAAUAUUUCUAAGAAUCGAUUGAAUUAUUAUAUUAAUAAUAAUAACAAAAAAUUCGUAAUAUAUAAAAGACAUGCAUGGAUUAAAGAUAUAUUUAAGGAUAAUUUUUUAGGUGAUAAUAUACAAAACAUUAGUUUGGAAAAAGAUACUUUGAUGCAAAACAUAAGCAAAGAUAUAACUACGAUCAUUUCAAGAUUGGCCAAAAGAUUAAGUUCAAAAUUAGUUUCCUCCAGUUCCACAAGCAACUUUAUAUUACCAACCCGUAAGAAAGUUAUUCCUAAAAAUUGUCAAUUUCGUAUAACUGAAUUGAGGCCGAUAUAUUUGAUAGACGUCAUAGUGGGUUAUUUAGUGCCUUUGAUAGUGGUCGGAAUUUUGUAUGGCAAAAUAAUGGCCGCCCUUACAGAUGAUUCCACCCAUCGUAGAGAGGGAAGUUGCAAUGAAAAUAAUAUAAACCCAAAAGAACCUAUCAAAAUACGUAUCAGUGGAGGCCAGGGUUGUGGAACGCCUAAGAAAAAAUGUGCAAACAAUUUAAACGAAAAUGAUAACACCCCCCCUGAUAAAAACCACAAAAUUAGUUUGCCUUUACAUUACAUGCAGCAGAAUUCUACCUCCGUACCUAAUUCCGGUUAUUCUGUUUAUAAUCAACUUAGAUACCUCCCUCAUCUUAAUCCCGCCUUUAAACCAGUAGUGGCAAAUUCAAACACUCCCAAGAUGAUAAAAGUGGACUACGAGAAAGCCAAAUACAAAAUUCAUUCCAUCCACGAUAAACGCUUGCAAAGAACAUACCCCAAUUGUCAUUCUAAUAUCUAUAAAAUUCUAAGUAAACGAGCGAACACUAUAUCCCUGUUCCGACAAGGUACUAGUAUCCAGAAACGUCGGGCUGUACUUAUGAUUUUAGGUAUAAUAAUUCUUUUUGCCACAUCCUGGCUGCCAUUGCACAUAAUCAAACUUAUGGAGGAGUUCACUCCCUUAACCCAUUUUAUUCACUCCCGCAAAUUUAGAUGGUUAAGAAAAUUAUGUAUCCUAUUUGCUAUGAUAUCUACCUGGGCCAACGUUUUGGUUUACUUCUACUUCAACGAGCAUUACAAACAAAAUUUCAUCACUUUUAUGCGCAAAAUAUGUUGCUUUCGAAGUAGGUUCAGGAAUAGAUUUAACAAUUUUAAUGAAGAUUAUUUUAAGCAACUCGAUAAAAACAAUAAAAAAAGGUCCACUUUGCCUAUAAUCAAUUAUAGAAACAUUUAUCGCCCUAGGGGAAUUAUACCCUGUUUAUCAAAUUUAACAAAGAAAAGGAAAUCAAUUAUAGGGUUUCGUCAAAGUUUAUAA